GUUUCCUGUUUCAACAUUUUCCGCCACUUAACCAUGUGCUGACAACCUUUCUACGUACUAAUCUGAAUAGAUCAGAUUCGCAUGAAGGAAGGCUUACUGCGGUUACUGUUGCAGCAGCAUUUACUCGCCUGCACAUCUGAAUUUCUCACAGACACAAAAUGCGUAACUUUUCAAUGAUGAAAAAUGCGACAGAACCUGAAAUGUACCCGGCAUAUGCUCUGGUGUUUGGAUCUGUAAUGACCCUGGGACUUCCUCUCAAUGCUAUAUCGCUGUGGAUACUGUUCCGCUGCCACAGCUUGAAAUCGCCGAGCGCUGUCUUCAUGGUCAACCUGGCAAUCUCAGACCUGCUGCUCGUCAUCUCCUUACCCUUGAGGGUCUACUUUUAUGCCACAGGCACCUGGCCACUGAACAAUAUGGCGUGCAUCUGGAUCACAAUGCUGUUUCGCAACAACAUCCGCUCCAGCUCCAUUUUUAUCACCUUCAUCUGUGUGGACCGGCUACUGGCUGUGGUUUAUCCUCUGAGAUCGCGCCAUCUUCGAACUACUUCCAAUGCAUGGAAAGCUGUUACGCUGGUUUGGCUGUUUGUGGUGGUGGUGAACAUUCCAGAGAGCGUGGAUUAUUCAAGAUUUUUAAAAGACCGCAAUGAAUCUCUCUGUUUUGAAUUUGGCCGUGGGUCUCACCCUCAGUCACCAAUACGUUUUUUGCAGCCUGCAUUAGUGUUGACCAUGCUGGCAAUCAAUGUCGUGUGCACUGCUCUGGUGUCUUCAACUCUACGCAGACACCUCAGUGACUCUGCAAUGGUCAAGAACAAGGUGAAUGUCAUGCUGAUUUUUAUCAUGAACUUGAUGAUGUUCACUGUGUUUUUCUUACCUGUGUCAUUGGCUAUUCUCUUUGUUAAUUGGAGGCCCCAUUUCACUUCACUAUUAUGUCUUGCUAGUGUAAACUGCUGUUUUGAUCCUCUGUUGUAUUACUUUUCUUUUGAUGGUUUCUGGAAGAGAAAAGAGGAUGUGGAUACAUCUUUUGCAAGAGAUUAGUAGAUGAUAACAAUAGACAAGUGGCAUUAAAUUCUUUUUUGAAGAGAGUAUGUAUUAUGCGCAUGUGUGGAUAUGUGACAUAAAAGUGCACAAUUGAUAUUAUAUUUUGUAAAUAAAAUUCUCGCUUUCAUGUGA